AUGCCCUAUGAGUCGCUAGGAUUCAGGGAGAUUAUCCGGAACUGCACCGAUUGGCCCGACUCCACAUACUUCACCACCUCCGUGUUUCAUCAGAAUGUCGAGUAUGAGGGACAGAUGCAUCUAGACGGCAAUUCGUACCGGAUGGGAGGCGUUGGUGUUUUGGACAACUUCACUGAUCUCACGCUGGCCUCCAAAUCCUGUGGUCAAGAGAAGCUCGAUGUCUCAAUCGGGUACUCGCUCAAAGGCCCCAUUCCAGCAACCUUCAUCGCUAAAGCCCUUAACAUGGUUUGCGAGACUGUGCAGAGCCUGAUUGCCAAUCCCAGCGUCCCACUUGCCUCCCCUGCCACUAUCCGCUCCCUGCCUAGCCAAGUCAUUCGUGAAACACCCAGGGCAUCUGAUACACCCUUCCUCUCGUCAAAUCUAAACAGCCAGAAGAUGUCGGAGAUUGUAAUUCACUCAGAUAUCCUUACCCGGUCCUGGCAGCAGGUGCUACCCCGUCGGACUGACAACCCACAAUACCAACUCGAUGCAUCUUUCUUCGACCUGGGCGGAGACAUCAUGAAUGUUGCCCAACUGGUCUGGAUCCUGGGAGAAGAAGGCUUCAGUGUCCGUUUGGAAGACCUUCUCGAGCACCAUACGUUCCUGGGAAUGAUGGCCGUGAUGGCGAUGCACCACAAGCCGGAACUGAAUGCCAGAAUGGCAGCGACCAUGGCUGAAGAACCAGCCAAGGACAUGAGAAUGACUAUGACAAAGAGCAACAGCUGGAGCUCGCUGGGCAAAGCGAUGACGCUUGCUAAGAGAUUUACUAGAUGGGGGGCUGUAGCAGCCAAAAAGUGA